GUCUCAGGGGUCGCAGAGGGUCGUUUAUGCCGGGAGUGAAAAUUGGGGUCUAGGGGUUAGUCUUGGGGCGGAAGUGGAGGCACGCUGGGCCAGGCCCCGCCGUCCUCGCUGCUGGACGCACGCCCGGCUUUGCAGCGCCCCAUCUGAGCGCGGCGGGCGGUGUCGCGGGCGUGACGUCAUCGCGAGGCGCGGCGCGCGGCAGAGGGAGCCGUGACCUCUCGGCGUGGGAAGCCGCGCGGCUAUGCUGCUGCUGGUCCGGGCCGGGGCGCGGGCCUGGCUCCGGCCCACGGGCUACCGGGGCCUGAGCACGCUGGCGGAAGAGGCGGUGAAGCCGGCGGAGAAGUCAGAGACGGUAGUGAGCGCGGGUCCCCAGGAGCCCGUGCUGCGCAGAUGCGAGCUCCCGGUCCUCGCGCCCCGGCGCCCGGUGCAGGCCUGGGUCGAGUCCCUGCGGGGCUACGAGCAGGAGCGCGUGGGGCUGACCGAGCUGCACCCGGACGUGUUCGCCACGGCGCCCAGGCUGGAUAUCCUGCACCAGGUUGCCAUCUGGCAGAAGAACUUCAAGAGAAUUAGCUACGCCAAGACCAAGACCCGGGCCGAGGUGCGGGGUGGGGGCCGGAAGCCCUGGCCACAGAAGGGCAGUGGGCGCGCCAGGCAUGGCAGCAUCCGCUCUCCGAUCUGGCGAGGAGGCGGCAUCGCGCACGGCCCGCGGGGCCCCACCAGCUAUUUCUACAUGCUGCCCAUGAAGGUGCGCGUGCAGGGCCUCAAGGUGGCGCUGACCGUGAAGCUGGCGCAGGACCACCUGCACGUCGUGGACUCCCUCGAGCUGCCGACGGCAGACCCCCAGUACCUGACGGAGCUGGCCCGCUACCGCCGCUGGGGGGACUCCGUGCUCCUCGUGGACUUGGAACACGAGGACAUGCCUCCCAGCGUCGUGGCUGCCACCUCCACGCUCAAGACUUUCAACCUGGUCCCAGCUGUCGGCCUGAACGUGCACAGCAUGCUGAAGCACCAGACCCUGGUCCUGACCCUGCGCACCGUCGCCUUCCUGGAGGGGAAGCUUCUCUGGCACGACUCGCGCUACACGCCCCUCUACCCCUUCCGCCUGCCCUACCGCGACUUCCCCUGAGCCCAGGGCCUGGCCCGCCCUCCUUCCCCCCGCGCUCUCCAGGCCAGGCCCCGCCCGGCCUGCGGGGCAGGCGCUGCCCCGACCCCUCAUUCCGCAGAAAGCUGAGGCCACACAGAGCGGUCAGGCAGGUGUCACGACCAGGAAGAGGCCAUUCGGCAGAGGGCCCAACCGAGUUCCUGCCCUAAUUCCCUAUUUUUUGUUUUUAAGAUAAAUUCUAUUUUGUAAUCAAAGAGUCAGGAAAAACAGAACAGCUCCGUGCCAUCUUGUGAGUAAUUGCAUUUGGCAAGUCAGGCUCUCGCCUGGGGCUGGGCACCGCCGGGUACCUCUCCUCAAGGGACGACCUCAGUGCUGUUUAUAGAAAUAACUCAGGCAAGUUCCCGGAGUGACUCAGACUCCGGCGCGGGCAGAGGAGUGUGGGCGUCAGCCAUUGCUAGGAACCUGAUCCUGGCAUCUCCCUGCUCCCGAGGGCUCUCAUCCAGCACUCACACCAUUGACGCGGUCUGUGGGCCCGAGGUCUGUGGUCCCGUUUGUUACUUCCUUCUGUCCGAGAGUGCGGGCUUGACCCCACAAGCGGGUGCGAUGUGGGAAGCUGAGCUCUCAUCAGACCAUCUCCCUUAAGCACACAGUCAGAAAAGCAAUAAAUGAGCGAAUAAACACGUUUUUGAGAACACCAAA